CUGCCACAUGGAAGGGAAGGUACAGCAGGCAAAUCCAACCCUUACGAUUUAGAGGAAAUGAUCAGGCUGAGUGAGGCACCUCCAGGCACUGGGGUCAGCCCUAUGCUCACUGGGGAAAAGGUCUCACUAGCAAAGGGAAAAGUGUUGGGAGCACUGUUACAGGAGUCUAAGAAGGAAGUGACUCCUCACAUGACUCUCUCCCUUCCUAAGUUGCCAAACAAUGCUGAAGGUUACACUCCCUUCAGCCUGUCCUCAGUCACCAACACUACCACUGCUCCCAUGGCCAUCUCUCCUUCUUGUAACAGUGGUGCAGGAGGUGAUGAAGGGUAUGCUUCCUCCAACUCUGCUGCCAGUGAUUCCCCAGGGGAUGAAGAGGACCCCUGGGAAGCUGUGCUGGCCGCCUUCCCUCACCAACCGCCGCACCUGGGCCACCCUUGGGCACAUCCCUGAAACCAAAGAGAAACCAUUUAUAUCUGAGGCAGGAGAAAAGACAUCACAUAAUAUAUGGUUACUAUACCAGGAAUUGUGGUCCAUCGUAGGUGGACACUCCAUCCCUCAGCUGUGUGUGAGGCCCAUGAAGGAGCUGUGCCAAGAUGUCCUCUAUCUGCUGAUUGGAGUUCCCUCACACAGCUUUCCUUGGUCUGAUACUGAGGAGUGUUUCAGCAUCAGGGAGGAUCUGUGUCACUCUAACAUCACCCCGGAGGCACUGCGAAGCUCCUUGCUGCCCCUUGUGGAAUGUGGCACACUAGUUCACAGGCUUGAAAUAUUGUUUCCCACACCAAAGUCUGACACCCAGCAGCUGUUGACUCAUGGCUCAGUGUUCACGGCUUUCACCUUUGCUAUAUCCAGUGUGCUGCAAGUGCACAGGGAGAUGGUACUUUCUCUUGGGGAUGAGACUCUCCUCUCAGCACUGCAGGACAAAGCUCAACCUCUAGUCAAGAAGAUCAAGUUUGUUGCUUCAGUUUGCAAAGUCUCACUGUCUAAUAAUAAAGUUAAGCUGCCUGCUGCACCAGGAAUCAACGACAGAAAGCAGCAGGGCAGUGUGGAUGAGAGCUGUGCAGGUCUUCCUAGAGGACUGUGCCUGCUGGGGGAACUGCUCCACCGUAUCACCACCACCACUGACCGAGACUGUCUGCUUCUCCUCAUUUCUAUAUUUAGGAGCGCCUGUAUUCCCUUCUUCCGUUAUCUGGAGGAGUGGAUCUACCAUGGUGUGUGUUCAGACCCUGGGUUGGAGUUCAUGAUUGAAGUGAAUGGAGCUGCUCUUCUAAGAAGGGACCGUACAUACUGGACCUCAGGCUACACGCUCCGCCCUCAGACCUCUGUGCCUGCCAUGUUCCUGGAUGUGCUGGAAGAGGCCUUUGUUUGCGGCAAGACCAUCAACCUGCUUCGCCUCUGCUCUGGAAAGCAUUACCUUGUGGCAGGAAACCAUGACCAGCCACACAUGCAGCUGUGUGUGUCUGGAGAAGAGCUGACACACAUGCAGGAAAAGUGUCAGCAUUACUCUGCCAAUAUGGACCUCCUGGCAGCCCAACUCCAGGUCACAGUGCAGCAGAAAGCAGAGGAGGAGAAGGCUCACAAACACAGGCUUCAACUGAUCUCCUCCAAUAAACAUGCAGCUGUCCUCAGAGAGAUAGAGAGCAAGAUGCAAGAGCACAAUCAAUUAGUGAAAGAAGAGAAGGCAGUGAGGCUUAAAGAACUGAAGGAUGAAAUGCUAAAAGCUGAGAAGAGGAAGCAAGAAGAGAAGGAGAAGGAAGCUGAAAAUGACUGGAAUAUUGCUCAGGAACAGCAAGAGAUAGAGAAAAGACAGAUAGAGCAAGAAGAAGCCCUAAGAGCCAAGGUAGAGCAGUUUUAUCAGCAAAAGAUAAAGGAAGCAGAACGCGCUGAAGCUGUUGCCAGAUGGAGAAUGCAGAGGUGCUCCCUGAGUGCUGUCCGAAAGCAUCACAUCCAGCACACUUCCUGGCCCCCUGUCCCAGAGGAUGCAUCAUCCAAGAACAUGGAGGAAGAGAUACUUGAUCUUGCAUCACCACAAACACCAGAUUCCUUGCCAGAACAACCUGAGACGCCAGACCAGGAGCAGGUUCUUUGUGGUGGUGCUCUGAAGCGGCCACGCAACAUGAACACAAGACCAGACUCACAGAUGCAUUACAGGGCCAAGGGAUGUACCUUUGCACCCUACCACCUUCAGACUGAGAAGAGUGAGGAACUCCUGAAGGAGAGCCCCAACCAGGAGGUGUCUUCAGUGUCUGACAUGACAGCCUCUUUAAUGAGCACGUCUUCAGAUUUUGUGGACACGCCUUUUGAUGAGAAUCUCCCAGAUUUUGAGUCUGACUCCAAGAUACAAACAAUUCCUGAGAGUAGUGUUAUUGAAAAUGAAAACUAUGCAUAUAUGAAGAGCUCCAUUGAGGCAAUUUUGUAUGAUAAUGGCAAUGGCAAUGCCAACCUCCCUAGCAGUACCACUGCUGAAACUGUGAAUGCUCCCCCUAUUAUGCUCACGGAAUCUCCAGAUGCCAAUGCCAACAUUCCAGAGACAAUCACUAUUCUUGAAACAAGCCAGAAUGAAACCCAGCAACAAAACACCUCAGACAACAGCAACACAGCAAACCAGAAUCUGAAUGAGCUUGUACUUCAGUUCAGAGAGAGACGUGCUCAGGCUGCAGCUAUCAAGGAGAAAGUGCUAAAUGAGUACCACCAGACCACCACUGCCAGCAAAAACAACAUGAACAUCCUCAGGUCCAGAGUCAUUCCCUCCUCAGCUGCUGCCAGGAACAAGCAGCGAGUCAUGGAGACAGAGUUUGGCAUGGCAGACACAGAGCUACAGGAGGCAGGAGGCCAUGGUAUGUACAGUCGGCAAGUGUCCAACACCAGCACUUGCAGUUUCCGUUCCUGCUCCUCCUCAGAAAGGCCAACCUCCUCCUCCACUGCCUUCACUACUCCAGAUGAAGAGAGGCCUAUCCUUAUUGACCAGGUUGGUGGGGAAGUGUUAAAGGAACGCGGCCGUAGCAUUCAUGGCCACGCCUCUGAUGCAGUCAUUCAUAAGCUGCUGUGGAAGAAUGAUCCCACACCUCCUCCCAGUCCCUGCACCCCUCCAACUGAGAUUACCCCGAUCAAGGACAUGGUGGAGGCCACCCUCAAAAGUCUUCCAACACAGCACAAAACAUCCUGCUAUGAUCUGGAGUACAUGAAGCUGAUGGACCAGGAACCUCUGCUGGACAUCACUGGUAGUGCUCUGAGGGGCAAACCAAACACCAGGCCCUCCACUACCACCACAUCACCAUCCACCUCCUCCACCACCUCCACCACCACUACCUCCACCACAGCUGCACCCUCAACCCUGGAGCUCUCUUGUGUUCCAGUCUACUUCAUCCGUUCCAUCAGAGUGCACCUUACAACACAGAGUCAGUUGGUGAAUGAAAGCCUACUGGCAGAGAUGCUGGUUGAAGGACGUCUUCUUGACCACUUCAAAGCACUGCGUUCCCUCCUGUUGCUGCAUGAUGCCCACUUUGCCCGUGCCCUAACCUCUAACCUCUUUGGGAAGCUGGAACCCAACACUUGCCCCGCCACACUGCUCAUUCCCAGUAAGCUCAACAACAUCCUAUAUAAGUCUGUGGCAGAGUCUUGUUGGAGCAGCAGCAGCCAAGCAGACAAUCUUUCCUUUGCAGUUACUAGCAUCCCCCUUGCUUUCUCCCAUAACUCGAGUGUGGUAGAUUGCCUUGAGCUGAGGUACCGUGUCACUUGGCCUCACAAUCUUGUACUGGACGACUCCACCCUUGCUUCUUACUCCCGUGUGUGGAGUUUCCUUGCCUCACUCCACCAUGUUAUCUGGGCUUCAGACAACCUAUUCAUCCACAUAUCCUUCCUCAAUCGGCAAGACAAGGAGAGCCGCCUCUCUAGGUCUCCACAGUUCCAUCAACUGUGUCUCCACCGCCACAAGAUGCACCACUUCCUGCUGGCACUCCAGGCAUAUGUCAUCAGCCAGAUUCACCAGAUCAGCUGGAGCAGACUUGAAGAGAAGCUUCAUGCAAAGGUGACCUCCCUAGACCACCUGUACUCCCUGCAUGCCUCCUUCAUCAAGGCCAUCAUCUCCAGGUGCUUCCUGAGUCAGAAUGGGCAGGUAGUGCACCAGCUGAUCAAAGAUGUGUUCUCCAGCACACUACGAUUCUGCUCCCAAUUCUUGGCUCAUCCAUGGGUGCCUGAGGAUGCUGAUGGAACAGUUAUGGUGCAUCCAGCUUUCAAUGCCCUUAAGGACACCUUCCAGGAAUUUGAAACUCGUGCUGCCUUCCUGCAUAAGUUGCUGGUGAAAGUUGGGCAGCGCAUUAUGACAAACUCCCACCAACAACAGCUUCUUGCCCUGCUGGAUUUCAAUGAAUACUACACAAAGAAGAAAACAAGAAAACCAGAAGGAUAACCCAACACACAUACUCUCUCUCUCUCUCUCUCUCUCUCUCUCUCUCUCUCUCUCUCUCUCUCUCUCUCUCUCUCUCUCUCUCUCUCUCUCUCUCUCUCUCUCUCUCUCUCUCUCUCUCUCUCUCUCUCUCUCUCUCUCUCUCUCUCUCUCUCUCUCUCUCUCUCUCUCUCUCUCUCUGUGAUAGGUGUAAAUACAUAGAUCACCAUUCCAUAAAUACUGGAGUCUAGCCAUUCCUAUAAAAGUAUAGAUCGUUCCAGUUAAUUAUCACAAUUCAAAAGUUACAAAUAUAAGCCCCAUGUUAUAUAUAGUAUACUUAGGAAUGUGAAGUUAAAUCAGAGUAGGGAUUAUAUUUGUUAGAUAAAUCUAUUUGAUCUCAGCAGUGUUAAAAGUAAUUGUUUCACCUCAACUUUUUUUAUUGUUAUUCCAUUGUUGGCUCAAUUAAUUUUUUUUCCUUGGCACCUUCACAUCAACCAUACUUUCAUUACGCUUACUGUGUUACGAGACAAGAGUAAAACAAUAUAAAGACUGA